UCACAAAAUAGUAUAAAUAAAAAUUAAUAUAUAAUAAAAAUGAUAUCAUAAUCAUAAUAAUUAUAUUAUAAUAAAAUAAUUAUUAUAUAAUAAUACUCAAAUAACGAAGUCAAACGAUCAACCACGAACAACGUCUACAUUAAUGAUAGCUAUAAGAAAAAGCUAAUAAUAUUAAUUAUUAUCUAAUUAUAAUAUAAUUAAAAAAUUAAUAAUUUCCUCCUUCCCCCUCCUUCCUUUCCUCUCUUGCACCCCAAUUCAGAAGAUAAACCGAAAUAGUGAAUUUGCACUCACAUUUUGUACCCCACCUAUAACACCAGAGUAAACACCUUGAAAUUUGUGUUUAACCCGCAUUCUUGCACUUGCCCUCCCAUUUGCCGCUCUUCCAAACAUAGUGCAAUAGUCUGCUAUUAAAAAUAAGCAGUCACCAACCGGCAAACUGCGAGCCAGGAAAAGGUGGAGUUCACACAUAACUAAGCAAAUAUUCUCACCAUUGUACAAGACAAUCAACCCUCUUAUUCCACGAACGACAAAACAUAUGAGAUUGUGAGUUACCAGACAACUUUUGAAACUCGUGAAUUCAUUGGGCAAAUAAGAUAAAUAUCUAGAGUUUAAUGAAUUUAUAGUUAUAUUGAUUCGGGUCUAUUGUACAUAUUUUAUUUUUACCUUUCAUAUUUAAAAUAGUUUGAUUGUGCAUUUCAUGUUCUCUCGACCUAAUUUACACUAGGUUAUGCUUGUUUUGAUACAUUUCGAGUACUAGUACGUGUGGGAAGGUUCGAGACGAAUUUCGUGACGAUUGGAUGUCAAAAAACGCCCAAAAAAUGAAGACCAGUCAAAAGUCACGAGAUGUGGCUAAUUGUCACUGUCUUCUCAUAUCAAAAUCCCCUCAACAUACUAACUCUCAAAUUUUCUUAUCUCUGUGUUGCUUUCUACCCUUACUCUCCUAUUUAUACUUGCGAAAGAUUAGCCGUUGCCUUACAAAUCCUUGACUUCUUGAUCAAAUUGUACCCAUAUACCAUCAUAGUAUAUUUUGCUUCGUUGUGGGUGAGCAAUGUCACAAUCUUUUGCUUCAUUGUGCACCCGAUGUGCAACCAUGCAUUGCUUUUGUGAAUGUUGCAGUUACUUAAACCGUGUUAGUAUUGGGCCUUGUGUGGUCUUGUCCGAGUUGUAGUAGGUACGGAUAUUUGGCCGUACUCGACUCUUCUCGUUAGGGUUUCAACCAUAGUCUAUCACUAUAUAAGACUUAGCUACGAACCUGUCGUAAGCAAGCCGUCACAAUAUAGUCAUUUAAUAAAACGACAGCCGUGAGCUCUUUCGAGCUCACCGUGGAUUAGUCUCGAUCAAUCAAUCGAUCGAGGAUACCACGUAAAAUCCUGUAUUCUGUGUUCUUUCGAUAUUCCGCAUUAUUAAUUUCUUCAUGUUAUCAGAGCUAUAGAUUCAGCUAAGUCUUUCGCACACAGCGAAGUUCAUUUUGCUGCCUUGUUCUCUUCAUCAGCGAUGUUAUUCCGCUGAGUAUAAUCGACAGCGGCCACAUCCUCAAGGUCAUAGUGAUCAUCCCCGUGGUCACUCUGUCACCGCCGACAAUCUCUAGAAGAGAUUGUGUUCAUUCUGGCUCCCUAGUUGUUCCGUGAUGUUCCAUGGGCCAAGAUCCAGAAGUAAAUCCUGCGAAUUCCAGUCCGCACCACCGUCUGCAGAACCAUCACCGUCCUCCGCGUCCCAUCAUCAGCUAGCAGUCAAGAAGCAGAGAUGGAGAAGGAGGCAGCGCUGGCUUCAACGGCGAAGUCCUUCCCGCCGUUUCCAGCACACCAUCUGUCGUGGGGUAUUUCAGACGUGGAGUUAGUAUAACUUGGGGCCCAACCAUCAAUUAGUUACAUUAUUGCACACGUAGUGCCAAGAGCUUGUCCAGCCUAUUUAUUUAGGAUUCAAGUUGUCAUUGUGGCCAGUCAAGGUCACGUAGAGUUUCUUCACCAACAUCACAGUCAUGGCGUUGAAGGCAAUCAUGAGCGGCAGUGGUCAUCUCUUCAAAUAGCUAGUAUUGGGGGAGAAAGAACAGCUAUGUGUCAAUAAAAUUUUCAAAUCAUCAGGUCGAGGCAUUCACGAUUCAUAAAAUGGUCAUCCCCUGGCGUUCAAAAGGUACUACGAUCAGAGAAGUCAUCGUCCCUUCAUCGUCCAAUUGGCAUUCACGAUUCAAGAAAUGGUCGUCCCCUCUUCCGGUUCAUUAUUGGGCACAUAUCAACCAUUCAUCGCUUUUCAAGCCAGCAUUCACGAUGUUCGUGUUCCAGUUUGAGGGGGAGAAUAGGAGGUCAACAUACGUCGGUCGACUAACUCAGUCAUCAGGUCGACCGCGAUGUACCAAGUAUGUUCAAGUUCAAGAGAAGCAGUCAAUCGUCUUCAUCAUUAGGUUGUUCAGAGAGAGUCAGUUCUCUCCAGCCAACCUCGUCCGAGAUGUUAUUCAUCUCGAGUUUUAUGGUUCAAGUCAUCAUGCUUGCCCUUCACAUUUACUUCUUCAAGCUCGACAUUCUUGUCAUUCAUGUCUUCGCUUGAGGGGGAGUGUUGCGGUUACUUAAACCGUGUUAAUAUUGGGCCUUGUUGGGCCUUGUCCGAGUUGUAGUAGGUACGGAUACCUGGCCGUACUCGACUCUUCUUGUUAGGGUUUCAACCGUAGUCUAUCACUAUAUAAGACUUAGCUACGAAUAUGUCGUAAGCAAGCCGUCAAAAUGUAGUCGUUUAAUAAAACGUCGGUCGUGAGCUCUUUCGAGCUCACAAUGGAUUAGUCUCGAUCAAUCAAUCGAUCGAGAAUACCGCGUAAAAUCCUGUGUUCUUUCGAUAUUCCGCAUUAUGCAUUAUCAAUUUCUUUGAGUGAACUAUCCAGUUGACGAUGUUCAGUCAUCAAAAUGGUGAGAGGAAAUGAUUGGCGCCGGAUGGAGAGACCAUGGUGCAUUGUGUCAUCCAAGUAAAAUCUGAAAGGUGAAAGGCUUGACGGAGCGGGAUUAAAUCUUUCAUUGGACAUUGCUAAACAGUCAUUUUAAUAUGAUUAAUAGCAUAUUUAAAAUGAAUAUUCAUCGAGCUUCAGGUCCUAAUGGAUUCUCAUCAGGCUUUUUAGAAGAACAUGACUUAUAAUUGGUGAAGAUGCCACUAGGGGAUUCAUGACUUCGUUGAUCCUGGCAGGAUGUUAAGCGGAAUCAAUGACACAACUGUUUCUCAUUGUCCAAAGGUAAAUAAAUCUUAGCAACUUAAAUAUUUUCGCCAUAUUUCUUGUGUAAAUGUUUUGUACAAAUUGUAGGAAAGAUAAUUGUCCAAUCGGCUCGGAGAGGUUGUCCCUUCUAUACUGAGCCAAAAUCAAAUAGCUUUCAUUAAAUAAAGAUGGAUUAUUGAUACCAUAAUGUUAACACAAGAGUUGGUCAGUGGUUAUGGAACGUAUAUGCGUUCAUCGAGAUGUGCAAUAAAAAUGUAUCUCGUGAUAGUAGUUGAAUCUGUACAUUGGGACUACAUAUUCAAGUUUCUGACUGUUAUGGGCUACCUUCAAGUUUCAAACUUAAGAAUGGUGUUAGAGAGGGUGACUCCUUGUAAUCCUAUCUAUUUGCUACUAUAGUGGAAGGAUUGACUGGCUUUUAAACUCUUCGGCAUCUUCUGGUUAUCUUCCUUAUCACCCGAUGUGCAAGAAUGUCCCUCUUAAUCCUCUUUGUUUUCUUAUGACGAUCUCUUUAUCUUCGUAAUUGGCUCAGAUCAAGCUAUCAAAGAGGUGAAAAUCUAUUUUGAAUUAUUCUUAUUUGCAGUCUGGCUGAAAGUGCAACCUUAAUUAGUAAUUUUGAAGUAUGUUUUGGUAGUAUGUACUUUACAAGCACACUGCCCUAGCCCUCACUGGUUUUAAGAAAGGUAUGCUACAUGUUAGAUAUCUUACUAUUAAUAAAGGGCACCCGAUUGAACGAAAAAAAUUGAAAAUGAAAUUCUAUGAAAUUACUAAUUACAAAUGAAAAUAAUAUUUCUGAUCAGAUUUUACCAAACAAGUCAUAAAAGAGAUGUUUUAUUGCUUUUGGGUCAUCGUGAGAGUAUUUCUGCAUAAAAAAACGUCGCAAAGGAAAAAAAACAAAACAAAAAGAGAUUCAUGCAUGGUCGACAAAUGUGCACCAAUAUUUUGAAAGACUGAUAGUAAGCUUAGUCAUACACGUGCUUUCAAGUUUCAAGAUAGGCAUAUCCUUUGGGUAUAGGUUUGAUGUGCUAGAGUGACCAAACGGUAACCAAUGCUUCCAAGUUCGAGUUGUUACUUAUGGCACAAUCUAAGUACCACAUCGGAAAUACAAGGGAAAAGACUCAUUUAUAUUAGUGUCCAUCUAACUCAAUUAGUAAGAGGCCUUUUGGGAAGGAAUCCAAGAGUAAAUUCGUGUGCGCUUGAUCCGCAAGACAGCGUAUAUAGAUGGGUUUCUCGGUACAAGGAUUUUUUCAGAUGCGAAACUUUCUUUGAUCCGCCAAACAAACGUGGAUCUCUCCUGGAUCCACUAAACCAGACACAAAUCUCAAAUCCCGAGGUCACUGAAUGAGGGUCCCACCAAACUGACGUCCAUUGCUCCGAACCAGGCUCUGAUACCACUUGUCGAAACUCGUGAGCUCAAUUAGUACGAUAUUGUUCGAUUUGGGCCAAGCCCACACGGUUUUAUUUUUGGGUAUCCUCCCCAAAAGGCCUCGUACUAAUUAGGCUAGGUGGACACUAAUAUACAAGGAUUUCUUCCCUUGUAUUACCGAUGUGGUACUUGGAUUGUCUCAUGACAAUCCUCCCCCCAAGACAAGGACCACGAACUUUGUGUCAUCUCUCAAUGAUUAUCUUGAUCUGCCAGACACUAUGUAUCGAUGGGUUUCUCGGUACAAGGAUUUUCCCAGACGCGGAACUCUCUUUGAUCCGCCAAACCCGAUGUAGAUUACCUUUGAUCUAGCUACCAGACAGAUGUGGAUCUCCUUUUAUCCGCCAAACCCAGACGUGGAUCACUCUUGGAUCCACCAAACAGAUGCAGAUCUCAAAUCCUAAGGUCCACCAAAUGAGGGUCCACCAAACUGACGUCCAGCGCCCCGAAUCCUCUGAACAACUUGUCAAAAUCGAGCAGCUCAAUUAGUACGAUAUUGGGCUCAUUAGUCAAAUUAAACUUAAGAAAUUUUAGUUUUGGGC